AUGACGAAGAAACCGCAAAGUGAUCAUUUUUACGGAAAAUGGUUAUCACAUCCUCCACCGGGCGAAGAAGUCGUAAUAUCUGGAAUUGCCGGUGAAUUUCCUGAAUCCGAGAAUGUUAACGUAUUUCGUGAGAACCUCUUUAAUAAGAUCGAUAUGGUAACAGUGGAUGAUAGGAGGUGGCGUCUUGAUUAUCCUCAAACACCGAAAAGAUUUGGUAAGCUUAAGGAAAUAGCAAAUUUCGAUCCUGGUUUCUUUGGGCUGCAUUAUCGUCAAGCGAAUUCGAUGGAUCUAACAAUGCGAAAGAUUCUGGAACACGUAAUAGAAGCUAUUAUGGAUGCCGGCGUCAACCCGUCAGAAUUAAAAGGAACAAAAACUGGAGUGUUUGCAGCAGGCUAUGGUAGUGAAGUGGCAGUUAGUACAAUCAAGUCUUUUAAGGAACCACAACAAUUUGCUGUCACCGGAAACAUGAGGAUUUUUGUUGCUCACAGGAUAAGUUAUUUCCUUAAAGUUAAAGGACCUUCUACGGUGGUCGACAGCGCUUGCAGUUCGUCACUCACUGCCAUUGACGUGGCUUUUCAAGCUAUCAGAAAUGGAGAAUGUGACAACGCCAUCAUAUGUGGUUCUUCCUUGUUGGUUCUUCCUCAAGUAAUGGCAGCCUUUGCGAUGUGCGGAGUUUUAAGUCCUGAGGGAAAAUGCAAAACUUUCGACAAGGACGCAAACGGUUACCUGCGAUCCGAAGCUGUCGUAUGUGUUUUUUUGCAGAAAGCGCAAGCUGCUAGAAGAAUUUACGGAAAAGUGAUCCACAUGAAACAAAAUGUUGAUGGCUUCAAAGUACAAAGUAUUAAUUUCCCAUCAACAAAAAUGCAAGAGAGAAUGAUGACUGAAGCACUGUUCGAUUCGAAACUGGAUCCAAAUGAUGUGGCCUAUGUGGAAGCCCACGGAACUGGAACAGUAGUUGGCGAUCCAGCAGAAAGUCAAGCAAUUGACAACGCCAUUGCCAAGAAGCGUUCGAAACCACUGAUUGUCGGAUCCGUCAAAAGCAACAUCGGUCAUGCUGAAGUCAUAUCGGGACUCUGCUCUCUCAGUAAAGUAAUAAUCAUGAUGGAAACGGGAUCAAUAAUUCCGAAUGAUAAUUUCAAAGAGUACAAUCCGAGUUUGAAAGGAUUUGUAGAGGGACGAAUGAAAGUAGUAACAGAUUUAACACCAAUCGAAACCGGUAAUGAUGUUUUUGUAAUAAAUAAUUACGGCUUUGGAGGUAGCAAUGCCCAUAUGUUACUAAGACGUCUAGAUAAAAUAAAAAGUCCAGGAGAUUUACACGAAGAUCUACCACGAUUAGUCUGUGUUAGUGGACGAAGUGAAAAUUCUGUUUCUAUCUUAUUAGAUGAAUUGGAUCGUAAAAAGCUUGAUCCAGAAUACGUAGGUUUGCUUCAUCAUCUUUUCAAAAAUAAUGUUCGGGGUCAUUUGUGUCGAGGCUUCGCAAUCGUUUCGAAAAAUUCUUCAACUAUCAGAUCUACGAAUACUUUGUCACAACAAACGAGCGACUUGUAUAUAAUUUUCGGACGCUUUUUUAACAAUUUUGCAGCUGUAGGGAGAUACCUGCUUCAGUUUCCUGUAUUUGAAGACAUUAUUGAAAAAAUCGACAACUGCAACAAUAAUAGGAACGAGAUUAGGAACGUGUGUGACAAAGCAACGACACAUUUAGGCGAAGCUGUGCUUCAGCUAGGAAUUGUAGAACUGUUGAAACUCUUGGAAAUUCAAACAUCAGUUGUGUAUGAAGACAAUUGGGGAAAAAUUAUUGCUAUGUAUUACCAGGGGAAACUUGGUUUGGCCGAAACGCUCUCGAAGUUAGAGGUACUAGACAAAAAAUGCAUAACUAAUGGAAUAGAGAACGAAGACAAUAAUAACUACGAGAACAAAGUCAAUGUUUACAAUAGAACGUUAAACAAACAUAAAAACUUUAUUCUGCUAAAUAUAUCAGACAAAACUAUACUUGAGAAUAACAGUUGUACCCUGACCGAAAACAACUUUCUACAGAUCCUAGGAAGGUUAUACAACCUAGGCCACAACCCACAAAUUCAUAAACUUUAUCCGACGAUAGAAUUCCCAGUUAGUCGAGGUACACCUAUGCUAUCUCCAGUACUUAAAUGGAACCACAAGAAGAAAUGGAACACAUUCAGUUAUCACGAAUUUGAAAAGGUACACAGUACGCCAGAAAGAAUGUGGCCUUUGUCAACUGAAAUUUAUCGAGAUCAGAAAUACCUAGAAGACCACGUGGUUGACGGACGAAGCUUAGUCCCAGCGACAGAGUAUUUAAAUUUAGUUUGGAAAGUGUUCGCUCUACAGCUCUGCAUCAAUCAAGAAAGAUUACCUGUGGUUUUCGAAAACUGCAGAUUUCUGAAGGCUCAACCUAUAGGAGGCAACAUUUAUCUUUCGCUAAAGAUAUCUAUUCAUAUUCAUUCUGGUAAAUUUGAAAUUUUUGAGACAGAAUCCAGCAGCCUUGUCAUGACGGGAAGGAUUUUUACACCCGUGGACAUCGAAAAGUAUAAAACUGAUUUACCUCUACCUCCAAUAAAUGAAGAAGGAGGAGCAACAGAAUUCUUAGAAUCGAACGAAAUUUAUCGAGAACUGAAUCUUCGAGGAUAUAAUUACAGGAACACUUUCCGGGGUCUUGUUAAAUGUAAUGUAGAGGGAACCUACGGAUUAGUAAAAUGGGAAAAUAACUGGACCACCUUUAUCGACACCGUUCUUCAACUGAAAAUUUUUGAAGUAGAUGCAAGAACACUGUUUGUUCCUGUGAGUUUCAACAGAGUGAUAAUUGAUCCAAUAGCUCACCUGGAAUUUAUCAAAGAAACAAAGAAUUUUUUGUGUCCCGUUUAUUCUUAUAAAGACUGCCAGAUGGUCAAAUGUGGAGGAAUAGAAAUCAGCGGAAUUGCAUCAACAUCUAUAUUAAGAAAGCUUCCUGCGACACCCGUUCUCGAAAAAUACGUAUUCGUUCAAAAUGAAAUUGAAACGAAUCUGACUGAAUCGGUUAUAAUUAUUGUUCAAAUCAUAUUAGAAAAUAAUUUAGAUAGUUACCUUGACGCAGUUGAAGUUGUCGACGAAUAUUCCAGUCCAAAGUCUGAAUUUGUUUUAUCUUUGGUUAGCAAAAUUUUACGCGAUAUUUCAGCAGUUAAUUCUCAUCUCAGUAUCUGCUCCAAAACUAACAUCGAACCCCCAGAUGGUGUAAAUGUACAGACGUCGUUACAGACUUCCGGUGAUUUGCUUUUGGUCGUAGCCACGAAAGUACUGCAAAGGCCAAAAACACUGGAAAAAUUUUUAACUGCAAUCAAACCAGGUGGAUAUAUUUUGUCGAGAGAGGAAGCCGACUAUGUUCCGAGAAAUCCAGAUGUAUUGGUAAUUCAUAGAACUGGUGAAGAGUGUUUGGUGCUUUUCCAAAACUGUAAACCAGAGAAGCCUACAAAGUAUAUACAAAUAACGUGGAAACAUUACGAGUGGAUGACGCCACUAAAAGAGGCGUUAAAACAAGGUGAAAAUAUCGUUGUGUACAGUCAAAACGACGACAGUGAAGGUAUCACCGGUCUGGUAAAUUGUCUAAGGAAAGAAUCUGAGGAAAACAAAAUCAGAUGCUUUUUUAUAAUGGACAAAGAUGUACAAUUUAAUCCAGAAUUAGCGUUUUAUAAACAACAACUUCGAAAAAAUCUUGCCGUCAAUAUUCUUAAGAACGGAAAGUGGGGAACUUACAGGCAUCUUCCUUUAGAUGAGGUUGAGGAAGUGGAGAGUGAACAUUCUUUUGUGACAGUUGGAAUCAAGGGACACCUGAAUACCCUGAAAUGGGUAGAAGGACCUUUGACCAGAGAAACGAAAGUGAAAGACGGCGAUAUUACAAUUUAUCCUUACUACACAGCUAUCAAUUUCAAAGAUGUAUUAACUACCACAGGUCGAGUUAACUUCGAUGGAUAUACUAGAAAUAGAUUGGUAUCUACAUCUAUACAAGGCGCCGAAAUAAGUGGAAGAGAUAUUUGCGGUCGCCGAAUAACAGGAUUUAUAACCAACCAUGGCAUAUCCAGCAUUAUUCAGACUGAAAACACAUGUAUGUAUCUUCCUGACGAUUGGACUUUGGAACAAGCAGCAACAGCACCCCUUGUAUAUGCAACUGUUAUGUACGCUCUAUUCAAUGUCGCCAAAUUAAAAUCCCAUGCAUCCAUUUUAAUACACUCUGCAACUAGCUGCGUGGGAAUGGCUGCUCUUAAUGUUUGUCUGUAUUUUAAUUGUGACAUAUAUGUUACAGUUGGUACUGAAGAAAAGAAAAAUUAUAUAAAGAAACAUUUCCCACAAAUUUCCGACAGUCGUAUCGGACAUUCAAGAGACACUUCAUUCGAAACUAUGAUCAAAAGAGAAACUAAAGGUCGAGGUGUAGAUUUUGUUCUAUGUGCUUUAAUCGACGAUAAACGCGAAGCUUCUGCACGUUGUUUGACUCAAGGAGGGGCCCUUUUAGACAUCGGUGCUUAUGAUAUGGUAAGGAACAGCGCUUUCAAUACUAUAUUAAUGGAAAACAAAAUCUCUUAUCAUGGAGUGCUACUGGACCAAAUCUCCUACGAAAUAAGAGUUAAUCUUUUAAAUCAACUUAAGGAAGGAAUAAGGUUAGGAUAUAUUAAACCAUUACCAACUAUAGUUUUCGAGAAAAACGAAGUCGACAACGCCUUUAUGCACAUGAUGACGGGAAAACAUAUAGGAAAGGUUUUAAUCAAAAUUAGAGACGAAGAGAAGCAGAAAAUACUACCUCUGGAGAAAAAUGUACACAAAACACUUCCCACAUUUCUCGCGUGUCCAGAAAAAUCUUAUAUAAUUGUUGGCGGAUUAGGAGGUUUUGGCUUAGAAUUGGCCGAUUGGUUGUUUUUAAAAGGCGCAAGAAAAUUCAUAUUGUCAUCUUCCUCAGGUUUAACAACUGGAUAUCAGGCUUAUCGAAUUCGGAAUUGGAGAUCAUAUGGUGCUACUGUUCAGGUGUUUAGUCAAGAUAUAACUAUCAAACAAAAUUGUUUAGAAUUAAUUCGACAAGCCAAGAACUUAGGACCUAUCGACGCUGUUUUCAAUCUGGCUGUUGUACUAAAAGAUGCGCUUUUCUCUGAUCAGACGGAAACGACUUUUGACACUGUUUUAAAACCCAAGGUUUUAAUUACCCGGCAACUGGACGAAAUUACGAGGGACGAAUGCCCGGAACUUAGAUACUUUGUCGUGUUUUCAUCUCAAGCAGGUGCUCGCGGCAAUCCUGGACAAACCAAUUACGGAAUGGCAAACUCCAGUAUAGAACGAAUUUGUGAAAAACGAAAGUUGGAAGGAUAUCCAGGGUUAGCUAUUCAGUGGGGGAUGAUCGGAGAUGUGGGUAUAGUUGCAAAUAUGCAAAAAGGAAAUACAGAGAUAUCUAUCGGAGGAACGCAACAACAAAAAAUAUCAAAUUGUCUAGAAGUUCUUGAUAGAUUUCUGCAACAAAAGAGUCCUAUAGUUUCCAGUUUUGUAAUUUCGACAAGAAGAAAGAAAGUGUCAAGUUUGGACGGUAUGACCAACAUGAUCGCUGAUGUACUUGGAAUCAAAAACAUAAAGACUAUAGACCCUAACAGAUUAUUAACAGAAAUAGGAAUGGAUUCAAUGACGGCAGCUGAAAUCGCACAAAUUUUAAAAUCAGAUCUUGGAGUUAAUUUAACACCUGAUGAGCUUCGUAAUUUAACCCUCAAAAAAGUAAUGGAAAUGGAGUUUGGUCAGAAAAACGUGAAAUCCCGAAACGUAGACAUAAAUAGUCUUACCAGUAUGAUUAAGGGUAAAAGUACUAACACUCCGCUUAUAUUGUCUUUACCUGAACGAAGUACUGUGAUGACAAAAAUUCUACCCAGUAAGAUCAAGGGCGAUAUUAACAAGAAAACGGUUUUCAUUUUACCAAGUUUUGACGGAUGUCUUCAAGCUUUCGAACCGUUGGCCAGUAGAUUACCAGCGCGUGUGAGAGGCGUUCUUUACAACUUCAAUAAGUGCGAAAAUAGAAUAAAUGAUACUGCUAAAACCAUUUUACCUCACAUCGAGGCACACAUUUCAAAGAAUGAGCCGUUUGUUAUCGUCGGUCACUUAUAUGGUUCCAUCGUUGGUCUGGAAAUUGUAGCUUUGUUAGAAAAAAAAGGAUAUCUAGGAAAUUUUAUAUCAAUCGAAGGAUCUCCAGAGUACAUGCAGACCUGGCUGGAAACAAAUUCUUUCCUCAGCGAUCAAAACAAAUUACAAUUAUUCAUCAUUUUUAAUUUCUUAACAAUACUGACAAAUAAUGAUGCUACAACUUACAAGGACAAAAUUGCGCUCGACCUAUCAUUUAAUGAAAAACUUGAAACAGCAGCAAAUUUUUUGCCAGCAGACAUAGACAAGCAAUAUUUUAAGGACAGUGUUCACGUUAUUUACAAACGAUGCAGCGCUUUGAUUGACUACAGAUUUACUCACAACAAACUCAAAUCGAACGUGUACUUAUGUAAAGCUAAACGACCUCUGGUCACUGAUUUAAAAGACGAUUACUCUUUGUCACAAUUAUGCAGAGGUUUCGUACAAGCUGGCACCGUCGAAGAAGAUUACUUGAAGAUUAUUUCCAAUGAAAAAUGUUUCGACUAUUUAGAAAAAUGGUUGCACUGAUCUUGAGGACUUAACUGUAGAGACAACAUCAAACAUGGGUAUUUCAAAGUACGAGAAGAAAUUUCUAGAUAACAAGUAAAAUCUGAACAAAAUCUGUAUAUUUUUAAGUCAUUAAUUAAAUUGAUUUGGUUAGGUAGA